GCUGCUCCUUGUAAGAUGGGUGGUGUGGUGAUCUCCGUCGCGCUCAUCAUCUCUUUCUUGCUCCGUGCCACAUGCCAGGAUUCGCCCAAAAGAUCGCUGCGCUUUGAUGGAGCCACAGGCAAGUUUAAGAUCGUCGCUUUCGCAGACUUGCACUUUGGAGAGAAUGCCUGGGAGAAUUGGGGGCCGGAGCAGGACCGAAAAUCCGACCGAGUCAUGUCCUACAUUCUCGAUGCUGAAAAGCCAGACUUGGUGGUCUUCUUGGGUGAUGUUUUGACGGCCAACAAUCUUCCUGUGAAGAAUGCUACAAAGUACUGGAAGCAGGCAACCGAGGCCACCGCAAAGAGAAGCAUUCCAUGGGCGGCUGUUUUUGGGAACCACGAUGACGCGCCCUUCGAAUGGCCCGCACAGUGGUUUGGACCUUCCGGAGUUCCUGGAGCAUCACCAGGACAUUACGCCUACUUCCAAGGCACGAGUCGUGCAGAGCUCAUGGAAGAAGAUCUCAAGAGUGCAUUGUCCGUUUCCGUGCAAGGCCCGCCAUCACUCUGGCCCAGCGUCUCCAACUUCGCUCUUCCAAUUGCGUCUCACAGGAAACCGGGAUCCACAGCAGCACUUCUCUACUUGAUGGACUCGGGUGGCGGUUCUUACCCGCAAGUCAUCUCCGCGAAACAAGCAUCUUGGUUCCGAGAUGUUUCGGCAGCUCUCAACCCCGACAACCAGACGCAAGAGCUCGUCUUCUGGCACAUUCCAAGCAAGGCCUACGAAUCCGUGGCUCCAAAGCCAAGCUCGCCCAUAGCGGCUCCAUGCAUCGGAUCCCUCAACGAGGAAAACGUCGCGAGCCAGUCGGCCGAGUGGGGAAUCAUGGGCAUUCUCGCGAAGAGACCAUCGGCAAAGGCAGUGGUGGUCGGGCAUAACCACGGCCUGGAUUGGUGCUGCCCAAGCGGCAGUGGCGGCCUCUGGCUGUGUUUUGCUCGGCACAGUGGCUAUGGAGGCUAUGGAAGCUGGACGAGAGGCGCGAGAGUGAUAGAACUGUCCGAGAACUCCGGCGAGAAACCGAGAACUUGGAUCAGGCUCGAGAAUGGCCGAGUGGUGGGAGAGCUUGAGCUGGACAAGUCUGCCACGCGGCAUCCGCGUCACGAUGCUGACUCAUAGCCCAUUUUUUUUGCCCUAACAGACGGUGGAAUGUUCCAUCGUGCUUGACGCGUUUUCUUGUUAACUUCCAUCGUCAACAUUGGCCGGCUUUGUUAGUUAAGUGCUCGCCAGAUCAGCUCGCGUGACGUGGCGCAAUGGGAGGAAUGAUCAUAUAUAUGAUUGAAAAGAUUCCUUCUGGAAAGAUAAAGAUAAAAAUGCUUUUCCCAUUUA